ACCAACAAACCCAAGCAAUUAAGCCUGAAUCUUUCCUUAGAUACCCAUAACUCUUUGUACGUUGCAUAAAGAAACUACAGCCCUUGCUUAGUUUCAGCAUAUUCUCAUAACAUUAAUCCUUACUCAAGAAGAGAAUAUUUUUUACACACACAAAUUAAACCUCCAUUUCGCCCUAGCUAAUUUCAAAUAUUAUAUAUAUUCAUGGAGAGAGCACAGUCAUCCAUUGAACAAAUUCAGCCUCCAACUUAUGGAGAUUUAGUUACCAUUCUUAGCAUCGAUGGUGGUGGUAUUAGGGGUAUCAUCCCUGCUACCAUUAUUGCCUUCCUUGAAUCUCAGCUUCAGGAGUUGGAUGGUGAAGAUGCAAGGCUAGCAGACUACUUUGACGUGAUAUCAGGAACAAGCACGGGUGGUCUCGUAACCGCUAUGUUAACUGCUCCAGAUAGCAACAAUAGACCACUUUUCUCUGCCAAAGAUAUCAAACCCUUUUACAUGGAACACUGUCCCAAAAUCUUCCCACAACAUAGUGGUCUCGGUGGGACGAUAAUAGCAAAGGUAAUAAGAUCUCUGGGAGGACCCAAAUACGAUGGUAAAUAUCUUCAUGCGGUCAUCGCAGAAAAACUUGGAGACAUUCGGUUGCAUGAGACACUCACCAACGUUGUCAUUCCCACCUUCGACAUCAAGUGUUUGCAACCAAUUAUUUUCUCAUCUUACCAGGUUAAGAAUUCCCCAUGCAUAGAUGCUAAACUCUCAGACAUAUGCAUCAGUACGUCCGCUGCACCUACUUAUCUCCCUGCUCACAAUUUCAGCAACCAAGAUUCAAAAGGGAACGUUCACGAAUUCAACCUCAUUGAUGGUGGCGUUUGUGCAAAUAAUCCUACCUUAGUUGCCAUGAACGAAGUAACAAAGCAAAUCAUUAAGGAAAAUUCUGAUUUCUUUCCAAUCAAGCCUAUGGAAUAUGGUCGGUUCCUAAUAAUUUCAAUAGGCACUGGAACAGCGAAAAAUGAGGAAAAAUUCAAUGCACCAAUGGCAGCAAAAUGGGGAUUAUUGGAGUGGCUAACUCACAGUGGUACUACUCCCUUAAUUGAUGUUUUCACUCAAUCCAGUGCAGACAUGGUUGAUUUCCAUUUAUCUACUGUGACUCAAGCACUUCAUUCAGAAGACAAUUACCUCCGAAUACAAGAUGACACACUGAUUGGAACGGAUUCUUCAGUUGACAUUGCUACAAAGGAGAACUUGGAGAAACUUUGCCAAAUUGGAGAAAAUCUGUUAAAGAAACCAGUUUCUAGGGUCAAUUUAGAGGAUGGUCUCUCUGAGCCACUAAAAAAUGGGGGAACCAAUGAAGAUGCUCUCAAAAGGUUUGCAAAAAGACUUUCUCAAGAGAGGAGACUCCGUGAAAUGAGAUCCCCACACACUAAAAAGGCGCGUUCGAUUUCAUCAGCUUGGUGAUUUAAUUACUGUUUGUAUGUGUUGUAAGUGAAAAAUAUAUUUGUAAAAUAUUUUAGUAGAACAAGUUUUAGAUAAGGUCAAAAAAUAAAUUGCUUAUUGAAAAAAAAUGCAACCUCCAGGGGGCUAGUUGGUUUGUUUAUUUUUUAUUUUAUUUUUACACAGCUUCUGUGCAUUAGUUGUAAUUCAACUACAAUAAUAUAAAUUCUUGUU